UUGUCAGCUCGGCUCUCUCCAUUCGUUCAUUCCUUGUUUCCUCCCUCACAAAUUCGCCUAACAUGAAUUUUUAUUUUUAUAUAUUAAUAAUAUAAUCUGAAUUUUGCGCAUUUUCUAACUUUCCUUUUUUGCGUUUCCGUUUCUGAUGAGUUUUCCAGAUGGGGAAACCAUGGAUUCGAAUUUUAGUUAUACACAUUUUCGUCUUCGAUCUCUUGAUUCUCCGCUCCGCGUUCGGUUCCUUGUCCGAUUUCUCGAUAAUUGACAACGACUACUCGGAUCUCUCCCACGGAGAUUACUCGCCGCCGGCGCCACCGCCGCCGUCUCCUCCGCCGCACCCGCCUCCCCUCUCGUGCGAUGCCUUGGAGGGAAUCGGGUCUGUGAACACCACGUGCGAGCUCAAUUACAGCUUGAACUUCACGGGGGACGUGUACGUUGAGGGGACUGGGAAUUUCUUCAUUCUCGAGGGCGUGGUUUUGAGUUGCCCUAUUUUCGGGUGUUCCAUUCAGGUUAACAUCACGGGGGAAUUUAGGUUGAACGCCAACGCUCGUAUUAUAGCUGGAUCGGUGUAUAUAGUUUCCGGGAACACCACUUUGUUGGGUGGUUCGUUGAUCAAUGUGACUGCAUUGGCUGGUGACCCGCCGGGGAAUUCCAGGGGGACGCCCAAGGAGUACGAGGGUGGGGGUGCGGGUCAUGGGGGUAGAGGGGCUAGUUGUUUGAUGGAUAUUACGAAACUUCCGGAGGAUGUGUGGGGAGGGGAUGCAUAUUCGUGGAGGUCACUAAACCAGCCCUUUAGCUUUGGGAGUAAAGGGGGGAGCACGAAUAGGGGUGAUAAUUAUGGAGGGAUAGGGGGUGGGAGGAUAUGGCUGGAGUCAACACACGUUGUGGAUGCUCAGGGUUCGCUUUUGGCUGAUGGUGGAUAUGGUGGGAUCAAAGGAGGAGGUGGGUCAGGGGGGAGUAUUUUCAUCAAGUCCAAGAAAAUGACAGGAAGUGGUAGAAUAAGUGCUUCUGGGGGCAUUGGAUUUGGUGGAGGAGGUGGUGGAAGAAUUUCUGUAAAUUCAUUUAGCAGGCAUGAUGACCCCAUAUUCUUUCUUCAUGGGGGAAUAAGUUUGGGCUGUCCUGCAAACUCAGGUGCGGCAGGGACAUACUAUGAUGCUGUCCCACGAAGACUAGUAAUCAACAAUCACAACAUGUCGACAGACACUGAUACCAUUCUCUUAGAUUUUCCUAACCACCCACUCUGGACAAAUGUUUAUAUCCAAAAUCAUGCCCGAGCCACUGUUCCUCUACUUUGGAGUCGUGUCCAGGUUCGAGGACAGCUUAGCUUAUCAAGUGGUUCUGUUUUAACUUUUGGGCUUGUGCAUUAUGCCUUAUCGGAAUUUGAAUUGAUGGCAGAAGAGCUAUUGAUGAGUGACUCAAUAAUUAAGAUCCGUGGGGCUUUGCGGAUGUCUGUGAAAAUCUACUUGAUGUUGAAUUCCAAAAUGCUUAUAGAUGGUGAAGGUGAUGCAAAUGUUGCAACAUCUUUACUUGAGGCUAGCAAUUUAGUGGUUCUAAAGGGUUCAUCCAUUAUACAUUCAAAUGCAAACUUGGGAGUUCAUGGACAAGGUUCAUUGAACUUAUCUGGACCUGGAGAUCUGAUUGAGGCUCAACAUUUGGUUUUAUCACUGUUUUACAGUAUAAAUCUCAAUCACCUGCUUAUGAUGUGGAUUGUCUAUUUCUUUGUGAAGGUUGGGCCAGGGUCCAUUUUGCGAGGUCCAUUAGAUAAUACAAGCAUCAAUCACAUUAGUGCACCACAGCUCUGCGGAGAACUCCAAUAUUGCCCCAUUGAGUUGCUUCACCCACCUGAAGAUUGCAAUGUUAAUGGUUCAUUAUCCUUUACCCUUCAGAUAUGCCGUGUUGAAGAUGUAUUUAUUGAAGGCUUUUUAGAAGGGUCCGUAAUUCAUUUUCACUGGGUUAGAGCAGUUCUCGUAAAGUCUUCUGGAACAAUAAGUGCUUCUGGUCUAGGUUGCAGUGGUGGGUUGGGCAGUGGUGAGCUCUUGCCUAGUGGUCUUAGUGGUGGUGCUGGACAUGGUGGCAGAGGUGGUGAUGCUUAUUACAAUGGCACGUAUAUGGGGGGUGGUCUUACUUAUGGUGAUGCUGAUUUGCCAUGUGAACUUGGUAGUGGAAGUGGAAAUUGGAGUCUGCCAAGUGCUACUGCUGGGGGUGGCAUUCUUGUUAUGGGUUCAUUGGAUCAUUCUCUGUCGAGCUUGACGGUCUAUGGUUCAAUUCAAGCCAAUGGAGAAAGCUUUGGAAAGUUUAUCAGAGAGGAUGGGAGUAAGGUUGCUUCAGAACCAGGUCCUGGGGGUGGAUCUGGAGGAACAAUUCUUCUGUUCAUUCACUCUUUGUUCCUUGGUGAUUCUUCUACUAUCUCAGCUGUUGGAGGUCAUGGUAGUACUAAUGGUGGUGGUGGAGGUGGAGGGAGAAUUCACUUUCAUUGGUCAGACAUUUCUGUUGGAGAUGAGUAUGUGGCUAUAGCAAAUGUGAAAGGAACUAUUCUGGAGAGAGGAGGAGUUGGUAGAGAUCUUGGGAAAGAAGGAGAAAAUGGAACUAUUAGUGGUAAAGCCUGCCCAAAAGGGCUUUAUGGAAUAUUCUGUCAGGAAUGCCCACUUGGAACAUACAAGAAUGUAAGUGGAGCUGAUAGAGCCCUUUGUCGUAAGUGUGAAUCUCGCGAUCUUCUGCAUCGUGCAGUGUAUGUUGCUGUUCGAGGUGGUGUAACUGACACUCCCUGUCCAUACAAGUGCAUUUCAGAUAGAUAUCACAUGCCACAUUGUUUUACGGCACUUGAAGAGUUGAUUUAUACAUUUGGGGGCCCAUGGCUGUUUGGUUUAAUUCUUUUUAGUCUCCUUGUCCUGUUAGCUCUGGUUCUUAGUGUUGCUCGUGUGAAAUUUGUUACUGCUGAUGAACUACCUGGCCCACUGGCUGCUCGCCGUGGAUCUCCAAUUGACCGCUCAUUCCCAUUCUUGGAGUCACUGAAUGAGGUGUUGGAAACAAGUAGAACUGAGGAAUCCAGUACACAUGUGCACAGAAUGUAUCUUUUGGGUGCUAACACUUUCAGUGAUCCUUGGCAUCUUCCUCAUUCUCCUCCCAAAGAAGUUUCAAAAAUUGUGUAUGAGGACGCAUUCAACAUAUUUGUGGAUGAGAUUAAUGAUUUGGCUUCUUAUGAGUGGUGGGAAGGAUCAAUCUAUAGCAUCCUUUCUAUUUUUGGGUACCCACUUGCAUGGUCAUGGCUGCAGUGGCGUCGGAAGAAGAAAAUACAACGCCUUCGUGACUUUGUUCGGUCAGAAUAUGACCAUGCUUGCCUGCGGUCCUGCCGUUCGCGUGCACUCUAUGAGGGUCUCAAGGUAGCAGCUACUUCAGAUCUUAUGCUUACAUAUAUAGACUUCUUCCUUGGUGGAGAUGAGAAAAGAGAGGACUUGCCUCCUCGCCUUCAUCAACGGUUUCCAAUGUCUAUAGUCUUUGGAGGAAAUGGAUCAUACAUUGCUCCUUUUUAUCUCCACAGUGAUAACAUACUGACUAGCCUUAUGAGUCAGUCAGUUCCACCUACAAUGUGGUACCGUCUAGUGGCUGGUUUGAAUGCUCGACUUCGUUUAGUUCGCCGUGGGCAUCUAACAGCCACAUUUUCCCAAAUUGUUAACUGGCUUGAGACCCAUGCAAAUCCGUGUUUGCAUGCCCAUGGAAUACACAUUGAUCUAACUCGCUUUCAGCCUUCAUCCUGUGGUUAUCAUCAAUUUGGACUUCUGGUAUGUGCUGUGGAAAAUGAAGCUGUGCAGCCAUCAAAUGAAAGCCCAAGCAAAUCUCUUUCAAAUGAGAAACAGUCACGGUUGCCUGGCACCCUCUGGAGGAGAGCAUUUGAUCUUGUUAGAGUUAAUAAUGAACAUGCUUUAACACAGAAAAGGAUACUUCCUGGAGAAAUUUUGAAUUCUUGGAACGUGAAGGCACUUAAAGAGAGAUUAACUAUUGGCUCUCUCUCUUAUUAUAUAGUUCGUAACACUAAACCUGUUGGCCAUCAGGAUCUUGUUGGUUUGGUCAUCUCAAUACUCCUCUUAGGAGAUUUUAGCUUGGUCUUACUAACAUUACUUCAGUUGUAUUCUAUCUCACUGGUGGAUGUGGUUUUGGUUUUGUCUAUUAUUCCCAUGGGCAUACUUCUUCCUUUUCCAGUAGGAAUUAAUGCUUUAUUUAGUCAUGGACCUAGGCGUUCAGCAGGUCUUGCUCGAGUUUAUGCACAAUGGAAUAUCAUCUCAAUUAUUAAUGUGGUGGUGGCACUUGUUUGUGGAUUUAUUAAUUUUGAGAGUCAAUCCUCGUCAUCAACUAAAAAGCUUACCGUCCAGUCCUGGAAUUUUAGCAAGGAUGAAACUGGAUGGUGGAUGCUGCCUUUGGGACUUUGUCUGAUGAAAAUCGCCCAAGCUAAACUGAUUAACUGUCAUGUGGCUAACCUCGAGAUUCAAGACCGCACAUUGUACAGUAAUGACCCCGAAGUGUUCUGGAGCUCAUGAAAGGCGGCAUUCUCAAUCUAAUUCUGAUUCUGAUUCUGAAGCCAACCAUAUAAAUUUAGAGUUAGUUGUUUGUGUUAUUGUUUUGGUUAUUUGUUGAGAGUUUGAGUUUGUUCUCCUGCCUAGGCUAUUUUAAGUUACCCAGUCUCUCAUAGAAUGAAUGUAAAGUAGACAAACUUGAUGUGCAGAAAGAAAGAAAGAAAGCUUUUUCAUACAUGUAAAGUGAGUUUGUUCUCCUGCCUGGGCUAUUUUAAGUUACCCAGUCUCUGAUAAAUGAAUGUAAAGUACACAAACUUGAUGUGCAGAAAGAAAG